GAAACAUUCUUGAACCUCCAGUUGAGUUCAACAUUUGGCCGGUUCAGAUGGUCAUGAUCAUCAUCAGCAUCAUGGCAUCAGUUUCGCCAAACAAGAUCGAGAAGGCACAUCAGAUGUACCGAGAUGGAAGGUAUCACGAGGCACUAGUGUUUUACACAGAUGCACUCUCCAUGGCCAAAUCUAAGCCCCAGAAGAUUGCUUUGCAUAGUAAUAGAGCUGCUUGUUAUCUGAAACUACAUGACUUCAAAAAGUCAGCUGAAGAGUGCACCUCAGUGCUUGAGCUUGAUCACAAACACACUGGAGCGCUGAUGCUGCGGGCACAGACACUAGUCACUCUGAAGGAGUACCACGCAGCUCUUUUUGAUGUCAGCCGACUCAUAGAGUUGAAUCCAUCUUCAGAAGUUUAUAAAAACCUUGAGGCGCGUUUGAGGACGCAAGUGGCUCUUUGUCCAAUACCUGAAUCUGAAGCAGAGUUGGAAGAAGAGGAAGAGGAAGAAGGACAGGCAGGGAAGUACAGAAUUGGGAAAGAAACAGAAAAAGAUGAUAGAAAAGAGGGUCCAAUGGUCUCUGUUAAAGGGGGUCAGACAGCAGAAAUCAAGCAGGUUUUGGUCACUGCAGAAACUGCAAAAGAUGAUAGAGAAGAGGGUUUUCUGGUUUCAGUUAAAGGGGAUCAGAAAGCAGAAGUCAACCAGGUUUUGAUCAUUGCAGAAGAUGUGAAAGGUGAUAGAAAAGAGAUUUCAGAGGUUUCAGUUAAAGAGGAUCAGGAAGCUGAAGUAAAGCAGGUUUUGAUCACUUCAGAAGCUGUUGUCCCUAAAACAUCAGGUGUGAAAGAAUGUUCCGAACCAGGAAAAGAUCAGAGGGCUGAACCUAAAAGAACUCCUAGUGGAGUUAAUUCUCAAGAGAAGAAUAACAAUGGACCAUCUGAAAAAAAUUCCGCAGGAUGGCAAGCAAUCCCAAAACCAAAGGGACACUCAGCCCUGGACUAUGCACGGUGGGACAGAGUUGAAGAUGAUUCCAGCGAAGAUGACGAUGAUGACGACAAUGAUGAAGAGUCUCAGCCUCAGUAUCGGUUCCGUGUAAGAACUGUUGGUAUGCGAUCAGUGAAGUGAAUGAAAAAGAAAACCACACAUUGGACUGAUUAUGAAUGGAAUUCUUACCCAUAACAUCAUGAGCAGAGGCUUUAAAACUCACAAGAUCUAUACGUGCUUUCUGCAAAAACUGUAUUGGUCGUCUUCUGGAACUUCCAAACAUUGGUUAGACCAACCUUUGCAAUGUUGAUAAGUGGUAAUAUGGUGCAAGAGUUGGUAUAUAAGACAUGCGAUGAGAGAUUUUGCUGUCUGCACUUCUGAGCACAGGCAAGUUUGCUGUUUCAAUCUUUACCUUGAAAUCCAUUUGCAACAAGCUACGAAAACCAUCAGCUUGCUACCUCUCUACAUAUGGCUCAGUUAUUCAUUUGCUACUUCCGACAGUCACUGAUUUUGGAGAUGUUAAUACGUGCCUUCAUCUCUUUCCCUCUCCCUGCACUGUCUUGCCAAUUGAAGAAAGCUUCCAUUCAUCAUGCAAUCAAAGCAUUUACUUGUCCAUCCUUUCUGGCAGGAGCAUUGUUUUUGAAUUCAACACACUGAGAAGUUGAAAGUUCUAAUUGUUGUUUAUAUUUACCGAUGAUCUUAUCGCGAAUGUUGUAUAGUAUCUCAAUGAAUUUCGAUUGUCAUUAGCAAGUUAUAGAGAAUUUAACCAUAUUUGGUUAAUGUAUUUUUUCACCCUGGCUCUUAAUAAUAGACAUGAUGUUGAAUUCAUUUGAGGCCGUUUUGGUAA